UUGCAAAUUGCCACUUCAAAUUUGGCAAUCUAACUCUCAUUAUUAUAUUGGUUUUGUCUCAUUUUCAUUCUUGUCCCAUGCUCCCAGCCCGAACAAAGCACAGUACGUAGCAUCAUUCACUACCCCAUUGAUGCAACCCAAUUCAAUUCUAACUUGUAUCCUCAUCUUAGCUUAGUCACUGAUACAUUCUCAUACAUAGCCACCCUCUCACUCCCUCUGCUCCUCUGUUCCUGCUCUGCUUGAACAACCAUAGUUCACCACUCCAAAGAGUGAAAACAUUUCCAUGGACCACAAUUUGGGGCAUCCUAGGAUGCUCUUUCUUCUUCUCCUAGGUUCCACUUCCUUAAUUUUCCUGUCACACUUAGCCUCUGCAGCCACACCCAAGCUCAACACUGAAGAGGUGAAGGCAUUGAAGGAGAUAGGCAACAAACUUGGGAAGAAAGACUGGGACUUUGGGGUGGAUCCUUGCAGUGGAAAAGGGAAGUGGAAUGUUUCAGAUGAUAGGAAAGGCUUUGAGAGCUUUGUGAUGUGUGAUUGCUCCUUCAAUCACAGUUCUUCUUGCCAUGUUGUAAGCAUAUCCUUGAAGUCUCAGAAUCUGUCUGGUACUCUUUCACCAGAGUUUUCCAAGCUUCGUUAUCUCAGACAAUUAGACCUUAGUCGUAAUUACCUCACUGGUUCUAUACCUCAACAGUGGAAUACCAUGCGUUUGGAGGAUCUCUCUUUUAUGGGAAACAGAUUGUCAGGGCCAUUCCCUAAAGUUCUCACCAACAUUACAACCCUCAGAAACCUGAGUAUUGAAGGAAAUCUACUUUGGGGCCACAUUCCAUUGGAGAUUGGAAGGUUGACCAACUUAGAAAAACUCGUUCUGUCAUCAAAUGGAUUCACAGGAGCAUUGCCAUCAUCACUUUCCAAGCUGACUAAGUUGACUGAUUUGAGGAUAAGCGAUAAUAGUUUCUCUGGGAAGAUACCUAAUUUCAUUAGCAAAUGGGUACUGAUUGAAAAGCUGCAAAUUCAUGGUUGCUCUUUUGAGGGCCCCAUACCUACUAGCAUUUCUGCCUUGACAAGAUUAAGUGAUUUGAGGAUAAGUGACCUGAAAGGUAAUAAAAGCUUUGUCUUCCCACCACUAAGUAAUAUGAAAUCCAUGAAGACACUGAUACUAAGGAAGUGCUUGAUUAAAGGAGAGAUCCCGGAGUAUAUUGGGAGGAUGGAAAAACUGAAAGUGCUAGAUUUGAGUUUCAAUAGCUUGAGUGGAAAGAUGCCUGGGUCUUUUGGCCAACUUGACAAAGUGAAAGUGGACUUCAUGUAUCUUACUGGGAACAAGCUAUCAGGGACUAUACCUGGAUGGGUCCUUGGAAAUAACAGAAAUAUUGAUGUCUCUUACAAUAACUUCACCCGAGAUAUGUCAAGUCCAAAUGAAUGUCCACGAGGGAGUGUAAACCUUGUAGAGAGCUACUCUUCAUUUGUGGACAAACAAAAUAAGAUUUAUUCAUGCCUAAAAAACUUUCCAUGCCCUGCUUCAGUUAGCAAAUAUCAUUACUCUCUGCUCAUUAACUGCGGUGGUAAUGAAGCAAAUAUUAGUGGUCAGAUUUACGAAGCUGACAAAGAACGAAAAGGCGCUGCAACGUUUUAUUAUACUGGUCCAGCUUGGGCUUUUAGUAGCACUGGGAACUUCAUGGACAAUGAUAUUGACUCUGAUUCCUAUAUUGUGACCAACACUUCAAGACUUCUCAAUGUCUCUGCACAUAAUUCACAACUUUACACUACAGCACGUGUUUCUCCUCUUGCUCUCACUUACUAUGGCCUCUGCCUUAUAAAUGGAAACUACACUGUAAAGCUUCACUUUGCAGAGAUUAUUUUCACCAAUGAUAGGUCAUUAAGCAGCCUCGGGAGGCGCGUAUUUGAUGUUUACAUCCAGGGUAAAUUGGUGCUGAGAGACUUCGAUAUACAAAGGGAAGCUGGUGCUACUGGUAAGCCAAUAGUGAAGAGAUUUAAUGCUAGUGUCACAGAUAAUACUCUGAAGAUUUUCUUUUACUGGGCUGGAAAAGGAACCACUGGCAUACCAACUAGAGGAGUUUAUGGCCCUCUAAUAUCUGCCAUUUCAUUAGAUUCUAAUUUUAAGCCACCGUCAGAGCAUGGCAGCAGAACUACAGUCAUACUGGCAGCUAGCAUAGUCGCUGGCGUUUUAGUUGUUGUUCUUAUACUUCUAGGUAUCAUGAGGAGGAACGGAUGGUUAGGAGGCAAGGAUCCAGUAUAUAGAGAGCUUAGAGGUAUGGAUCUGCAGACAGGAUUAUUUACUUUAAGACAAAUCAAAGCAGCAACCAAGAACUUUGAUGCAGCAAAUAAAAUUGGAGAAGGCGGCUUUGGUUCUGUUUACAAGGGCCUACUAUCUGAUGGCUCAGUAAUUGCAGUGAAGCAGCUCUCUUCAAAAUCUAAGCAAGGAAACCGUGAGUUUGUGAAUGAGAUAGGAAUGAUAUCUGGACUUCAACAUCCCAAUCUUGUUAAGCUUUUUGGAUGCUGUGUGGAGGGGAACCAGCUAAUAUUGAUAUAUGAGUACAUGGAAAAUAAUUGUCUAUCUCGAAUUCUUUUUGGGAAGGAUCCAGAGAACAGAAGGAAACUGGACUGGUCAACAAGGAAGAAAAUUUGCAUUGGUAUAGCUAAAGCUUUGGCGUAUCUCCAUGAAGAGUCCAGAAUAAAAAUCAUACAUAGGGAUAUAAAAGCAAGCAAUGUGUUGCUUGACAAGGAUUUUAAUGCCAAAGUUUCAGAUUUUGGUUUGGCAAAACUUAUUGAAGAUGACAAAACCCAUGUUAGCACCCGGAUUGCAGGAACAAUUGGUUAUAUGGCUCCUGAGUAUGCAAUGCGUGGCUAUUUAACUGAUAAAGCAGAUGUUUAUAGCUUCGGGGUGGUUGCAUUGGAAAUUGUCAGCGGAAAAUGCAAUACAAAUUACAGGCCAAAUGAGGACUUUGUUUACCUUCUUGAUUGGGCCUAUGUUUUGCAAGAAAGAGGAAAUCUUCUGGAGCUGGUUGAUCCAGAUUUGGGUUCUGAAAAUUCAACUGAAGAGGUCAUGGUAAUGCUAAAUGUGGCUCUAUUGUGUACUAAUGCAUCUCCAACACUUAGACCAACAAUGUGCCAAGUUGUGAGCAUGCUUGAAGGUUGGACUGACAUUCAGGAUCUACUUUCUGAUCCGGGAUAUUCAGCUGUUAGUUCCAGUUCCAAACACAAGAGUAUCAGAAAUCACUUCUGGCAGAAUCCAAGUGGAACUCAAAGCAUGUCAAUACCUAGUAUGUAUACUGAUUCCUCUAGCUCUCAUGUUGAAACAGAAGAGAGCUACCGUCUUGUAAAAACUCACUCAAAUGGAUCAGACAAGUGAAGAUAGUUUCCUAACUCACUCAAAUGUAUUUAAUUUAGUGCAAAAAAGGUAAAAGAAAUUUAAGCUAAUAGCUUUGUAGAGUGUUUUCUUCAUAAUUCCUUGUACCCUAGCCCCAAGAAGUUGGCAGCGCCAUGAUUUUGACACAUUCUAACUCAAAUCCAAAACAUUAAGUACAUUUAUAUUUGGAUUUCAA